CGGGCCCGGGCCGCGGCGGAGACGGCGGCGGCAGCAGCGGCGCGGAGCGGGGCCGAGUUUAGACCCGGCUUGGCAAAAAGUCACAAGAUAACAUGGGGAAAAAAACCCGACCCAAACCAAACCGAGAGAUAAAUCAAGCCUUUAUUGCCCAAAGUCGCGUGGUACCCCCAAACAUGGCAGUCAAGUGGGUUGGUGGACAUUCCUCCUCUGUAUUGUGCUUGGAUGUGAACGCAGAAGGGCUGGUGGCGUCGGGUGCAGAGCGAGGCGAGCUGGCGCUCUGGGAUGGGAGCGGUGCUCCCACAGGACAGCUCCAGCUCCCCGGGGCCGACGAUGUGGCGUCCGUGGUGUUCUCCCCUCUCUGUCCCACCCGGCUGUACGCCUCCCAUGGGGAAUCCAUCAGCCUGCUGGACGUCCGGUCCCUCAAGGAGCCCGUGGAACGCUUCCACGUGAACGAGGAGGAGAUCAACUGCCUCUCGGUGAACGAGACCGACAAGUUCUUGGCCGCAGCAGAUGACUCGGGGGCAAUAAAGGUUAUGGACUUGGAAAACAAGAAAGUCAUCCGGUCCUUGAGACACUCAAACAUCUGCUCCUCUGUUGUCUUUCGACCUCAGAGGCCUCAGAGCCUUGUUUCCUGUGGACUGGACAUGCAGGUGAUUUGCAUACCAGUAGCUGGUUAUUAGAGAAGCGAAACGGUGACAGCCUGCCUGUGUAGGGAGGCACCAGCUGACUUUCACCAAGAGUGAGGGUGUACCGCCUGCAGGCACCCACAGAGCUCCUUAGCUACUCUAAAACCGUUUUGGCAGGGAGCCUGAAGUGUUGAGGCUCUCUGUGCCAUUCUCCACUCAGCAGUUCCUCUCCCCAUUUUUACCUUCUGUAAUAUUUACAAUCUGGAAGUGAGCGAGGUGGGGAAGGAGAACACGGUGCAAAGGAGGCUGAUGCCAGGUCAGCUUGAGCAAAGGCAGAAGCUGCCCCUAGGGAUCAGUUCGAGCUGCAGGCACAGUGCAGAUGAUGGUUAGGAAGAGGUGAGAUGCUUGCAGUGAUGGAUAAUAGCAAGAAUCCUUCACCUCAGGUAGAUAAAUGUCUUUCCAAGUGGUGCAUAUCACUCUAAGGACAAGUCAUUCUUGUAAUUUGUCCUCUUGGAGGCAUUAACUGUUCUUUGCCUUUUACGCUUCACCGUCCUCAACAGGAGGGACGUCCUUUGCAGCCAUUGUGGAAGGGUUCUGAACCAUAUGAGGAGUUACUGGAGCCUGCUGAAGUUGCCUCCCCAGAACAAAUGUUUUUCAGUAGUUUCUCUCCAGUGGCUGAUGUCUGACCUGCUUCAGCCCCAGCUGAAAACUGUCACUUUUGCAGAGGUUUCUGUGGUUCUAGCAGUACUGAAGUUGGCUUGGACAGCAUUGAGCAGUUUCACCCUGAUGUUCUCAAAACCCAAGGGCAUCUAAAGCCCUUUAGGACAAACACAACCUCCCCCGGGGGUCAAGAGGUCAUAGCACUAACCAGAUCCACUCCUGGGGUAUAAAAACAGUUACAUAUCUGUUUAUAAAGGAGGGCUUGAACUGACUUUGCCUUUUGCUGUCCCACUUUUCAGACACGGUCAUGGAAGUGAUUAUUUUAGGGCAGAGAUGUGGCAGAGACAGGAGUAAAAUCCAGAAUGAUGCUGUUCUGUGUUUCCAUGUCCCUCCCUUUCAGUAACUGAUGGGCAGUGUGCAAUGGUCACUACUGCUGAGAUGGAUGCAGAGGCAUUUGGAAGAGCUUGUUGAUCUAUUUUGUGGUGCAGAGGUGUGAGUCAUUGCUGAGGAGGGCACCGUGAGCGUUUGGAAGGCAGGCCAAACUCAGGCACAGCCUCGGCUGUGCUGGAGCAAGAAGUGGGCUUGUCUUUGUGCUGUGAGGGGAAGAUCUGAUCUUGCAUAGAACAGAUACAUUAUUGAUCCAUCCAUGCUUUUUUUUCC